AGCUCGCUGCCCCGCGACCACGCAACCCCUGAUUGAUACCCCUCCAUAGCUCAGCCAGCUCCAUCACUUGAUCAUUCACCUCCCAGCGAACAAAUCUCCUUUUCCUUCUCUCUCUUGUCAGAUUUCAGAGUUCCAGAUUGUUGCAUUAGAAUACGCACACUCUCGAUCAUACGAAUUCAACCAUGUCCAUCGAGAUUGAGAAGAUCCUGGCUGCGGCGCCCGCAACAACGCGAGGUCAGCCAACACAGCUCUCGUGCGAUCCAAAGGGCGAGCGCAUAGCUUACGCGUCCGGUAAAUCUAUUUUCCUCCGCAGCAUCGACGACCCUUCCCUCUGCAAGCAAUACACGGGCCAUACGACCACCACGAUAGUCGCCAAGUUCUCGCCCUCGGGCUUCUGGGUUGCCUCGGGCGACGUCUCGGGCAAAGUGCGCGUGUGGGACGCUGUCGAUGCCGUCAACACCAAGGGCGAGUUUGCCAUCAUCUCGGGCCGCAUCAACGACCUGGCCUGGGACGGCGACAGUCAGCGCGUCAUCGCCGUCGGCGACGGCCGCGAGCGCUUCGGCCACUGCUUCACCGCCGACAGUGGCAACAGCGUCGGCGAGGUCAGCGGCCACAGCAAGGUCGUCAAUGCCGUCGCCAUCCGCCAGCAGCGCCCCCUGCGCGCCGCCACCGUGUCCGACGACAGCACCAUGUGCUUCCUGCACGGCCCCCCCUUCAAGUUCGCGAGCAAGGCUGCGGGGUUGCACAAGGGGUUUGUCAUGGGCGCCGCGUUCAGUCCGGAUGGGAGCGCCCUGGUCACAGUGGGGGCGGACCGGCGGAUUCAGCUGUACGAUGGCAAGACGGGCGAACCGACGAAGCAGGUGGGCGAAGGCGUACACACGGGGAGCAUCUUCGCCGUCAGCUGGGCGAAGGAUUCGAAGCGGUUUGUGACGGCCAGCGCGGAUCAGACUGUGCGGGUGUGGGAUGCCGAGUCCGGUGAGUGUGUGCAGACGUGGCGAGUCGGGGAAGAAGGGAGUGUCAACGUUGCGGAUCAGCAAGUUGGCGUGGUGUGGCCGCACGGGAGAACCGACGGGCUCAUCAUCAGCUUGAGCUUGAGCGGCGAUCUCAACUACCUCACUGAAGGGAGCGACAAGCCAGCCAAAGUCGUCCAGGGGCACAACAAGAGUGUCACCGCGCUGGGCGUGACGUCCGAGGGCAAGGGCAAGAUCCUCACAACAGGCAGUUUUGACGGCAAGGUCUGCAGCUGGGACGUUUCGACAGGCACCGGUACCGCGGUAGAUGGUCAAGCACACUCCAACCAAGUAACCCAGUUCGCCUCGGCCGGCGGCCAAACCUACAGCGUAGGCUGGGACGACACGCUGCGCACGAUCCAGGAAUCAACCAACAACUUCCUCGGCAAUUCGAUCAAGCUCCCAUCCCAACCCAAAGGCAUUGCCACCACCUCCACAGGACGCACCAUCGUCGCUCUAAACGACAGCAUUGCCGUCUACGCAGACACCAAACAUCUCACCCAGCUCCCGACCGACUUCACACCAAGCGUCAUCGCAGCGCACGGCUCCACCGUCGCCGUCGGCGCAGCCAACAACAACACAGUCCAAAUCUACACCCUCUCCAGCUCCAGCAACACCCUCACACCGUCCCACACACUGAGCACCUCCACCUCCCCAAUAUCCGCCCUCUCCUUCUCCCCGGACGGCACCCACCUCGCGGCGGGCAACGCGGCAGGAAAGAUUGUCGUCUACAAGACAGCAAACUGGGAGGUGGCGACGGACCGGUGGUCGGCGCACACGGCGCGGGUGCUGAGCAUUGCGUGGAACGCGGUGGGGACGCACGCCAUCAGCGGGGCGCUCGACACCAACGUGCACGUGUGGAGCCUGGCGAAGCCGGGCAGCCGGGUCAAGGCGGCCAACGCGCACAAGGAUGGCGUGUAUGGCGUUGCGUGGGUCGAAGGGCAUACGAGGGUUGCGAGUACGGGAGGGGAUGCGGCGGUCAAGAUAUGGGGUUUGAAGGGUUUGCAAUGAGCUAAUAGAUGUGUGAUAUGGUAUGGGGGUUUCGUGUUGGUCGUAUGUGGUAUGGUAAAGCAGGCAAGACGGAUAGAAUCACGAUGUUACGAGUGAGAUGAGGAAAAACGAAGACAAGGAAGUCAAUUAGGUUUUCCAUCUAUGACCGGACCUGCGUGAAUAUGCAAGGUACCGGAAGACUUCAAGCCCAUCUUUAUUAAACCACACAUCUGAAACUAUGAUAAUCGAACCGUAAAUCUGACCCUGACCAAGGGGACCGUAAGAACGGGUAUCUCCUCCAACCAAUAAGCAGUGGAAAACCGCAUGGUAACCAUCCCACCGUCCGAGAAACAUACAAUAACCACUCUCC